AGCUUGACUUGUUUCAGGCGCGCUUUCUGACGUGGCCUGCGCAGUUUCUUCGAACUGUCCGUCCGGUGUCUUCCUCUUUGUUUUCUGUCGCCGAUUUGUCGCCAGCCCUGGGCACGGGCGUCCGUCCGUCCGUGAGUCCAACACAAGUGGCCGAACUGUAAAGAAAUGCAAGCAAUAGUAGGUACCAACAGCGACAUGCACGUCAACACAACACAACAGAAUGUACCGUCAACAGGGACAUGGUCGAUGCCGACGACGACCUCCAUCACCGUGUGGAAGGAUACAUAGCAUGCAUAAAUAGUUGCAUCACAUCAAGCUCUCCCGCCACAGCAGCAUCGAUCCUCCUCCUACAGGCACCAGAACUCCAUCCAUCCAUCGCGCGCUGAUCGACCAUGUCUGGAUGGUGCGAGACGGACGAGCCCAACGGCUCCAAGGCGGUGAGCCUGCUGCUCCGCCUCUCCGCGCUCAUCCUGGCCCUCGCGUCGGCGGUCAUGAUGGCCACGGCCGGCGACUGCACCGUCGCCGGCGCAACGCCCAAGGCCGUCUCCUACCGGGACUACGGCGCCUUCGUCUACCUCGUGGGCGCCAACGUCGCCGCGGCCGUGCUGGAAGCCGCCGCGAUCUACCUGCAGCUCAGCGGCGCCGGCGGUGAUGACGACGACGGGGGCAGCCGGAUCCCCGGGAUCGUCCUGCUCGUCGUCGACGUGCUGGCGCAGGCGCUGCUCUACUCGUCCACGGGCGCCGCGUACGGCGCCGUGGUCGGCGUCGACGCGUGCGUGACGUUCGGCGCGCAGGUGGGGCGGGCCAGGCUGCUGUCCCUCGGCGCCAGCGUCUCCCUCGGCCUCGCCGCCGUCGUCAAGGACGUCUCGCUGCCGUUCAAUGUCUGGCCCGGCUCGUCGGACUGAGAUGCCGGACGGCCAGCCCAGAGCACCAUGUGCCGUGUUAGUGUGUAUGUAUGCGUGCAUGGUGCAGAGUAAUUUUUCUUUGAUGGUACAGAGUAUGUGGCAACUGUAAGCAUCGUCUACUGAUUGGCUUUUUCUUAAUUAUAAAAAACAAGGCAAAAGGCUGGUCAUUUUUAUU